CGUGUCGCCGGCUGAACGUAUCUCCCAGCUCAUCACACAUGAAAAAUCACGUGAAUCGUUUCAGCUUUUUACAUUGAAAAAAUGACAAUUAAUCAAAUCCAAAAAUGUGAAAUCAGGUUCUGAUUAAAAAACAUCGAAAACUCGUGGAAGAAAAAUUUUUUUUUCAAUUUCUCCAAUGAUUUUUAAGGGAUAGUUCAGGUGAUUUAUCGAUCGAAGUGUGCGGAAAAUUUCUAUGCCUGGAUAAUGGAGAAAAUGAGCUCGGUUAUGCCGGUGGACCGUAAGGCGAGGGUCAAGGGUCAGAGAAAUGAGAAAAUAUCGGCGAGUGACGAGUCGACUCGGGCAUUUUUGAAUUUUUCACGUGAAAACUUGAGCGUAUCGCAAUCGGACAUUGAACGGGGCUUGAGUAGGAAGACAUCGAGAUGUUUAAAAAUAAAUCGUCAGAUGCUGCUGAGUUUGUUGGCGAUUUGUCUCGCAAUUGUGUGUCUAGCAUUUGAGGCGGUGAAGAUUAAGAAGAUUGUGGAUAAUGCGAGGGAUAUUGAGGGGAUCAAGGCUGAUCUGGAGACGCUGAAGCAGAGGAUCUAUGAGGAGAAUCUCUUGGAGGAGAUCAGGGCGUUCGAGCAACAGUUGUACGCCGACGACGAUGAUUUCAACGACACUGAUCUCGACGAUUACGACUCCAAUUACGAUGACUACGAUACAAGCCAGAAUAAUUACCUCAAUGAUUACGAAACAACGUCAUCAAUGAGAAGUGAUCAAACUACGGUAACAUCACGAUCGGCAUCAAUUGCGGAAAAAGAUGGGAAAAUUCCAUCAACUCUCCACGAAACUGAAGAAACUGGCGGUGAAGAUUCCGCCAAAUCUCCGCAUACGAAGACCAAACGGUUCAUCGCUAAAGAAUCCCUGACUCCUCAGGUGAAUGGAGAAACUCCAGGUUUUCACUCGGGAUCAUUACAAAGUAGUGAAAAUGAUACGAAUGAAAAUUCGAUGAAUUCGAACUCUGGGAACACGAUUUUUCCGAAGAAGUAUUAUGGGGGCAGACGUCGUAGGCCGCAUCGAAAGAAGGCAUCAUCUGAAAUGAAGAAGUCUCUGAAGAUGCGGGGAAUGUCCCGCAGGCACAUCCGCCAAUCCCGCCAGAUAUUCGCGGCCCAUUAUGGUGCGGACAGCACCCUAUUCCACAGGGAUGACGAGCACACCGGGAACGGUCGCGCCAGGCACAACGAGGGAGUCUUCAAGGCUUGGCGAGGCAGCGACUGGAUGGACGAUCUCGGGAUGAAUCGAUACUUCUCAUUAGCCAGAGAUGGCAGAUUAACCGUUCACGAGACCGGACUCUACCUUGUUUAUGCGCAGAUUCAUUAUCUCGAUGAGCAUGACGAGAAUGGGUUUCAUUUGCUCGUCAAUGGGCGACCGAUUCUACAAUGCAUGGUAUACAGUCCUGGGAAUGGCCACAAAAGCAGAUCUUGUUUCUCAGCUCAAGUAACGUAUCUGUUAUCAGGGGAUCGCAUCGUCUUGAAAGAAGUUGGUCCCGCGCGAUACACGUUAUUCCAGCCUGAUAAAAGUUUCUUCGGUCUCGCUAAACUCGGUGAUAGUAGACAAUCUCAACAGAACCAAGUGAGACACAACAGCUCGCUACAACCACAAACUACACCAUUUCAGUAGUAAUAUGAUUAUUUAUACGUGUUUAUUUAUAAUGUUUAUAACGAUUUUUAUAUGAAUAUUGACUUCAGCUUGUGAGAACCCUUGUUGUAUGGAUUAGAAUGCAUGUAAUUAUGUAAUUAUUCAGUGAAUAAAUACUUUUUUUUAUUGUCAA